UCGCUUUGUGAUCUGCCAAAUGAAAUAUUGUUACAAAUCUUUUCUUGUGUAGAUCUGCAUCGCGAGAUACGUAUCCUAGGCUACAUACCCGAUGAGCCGUUGCCUUCUUGCCCAGAUUAUCAAGUGCUUAAAGAUUUUCGCCUCUACAACUCCUGGCUGCUAAACGUUGCUUUGACAUGCAAACGAUUUGCAGCUUUAAUUCCAGAGGUAGCAUUGCGUACGAUCGUACUGGAUGUAUAUACACGAUAUGUGCAGCCCGAGCGUCCUCGACUUUGUUGGUCAGCACCAUUUGCUCUCCUUCUUCAAUUCAAGGAGAAACCGGAUCUCAUUCGACACAUCAAACAACUUCGUAUUCAUCUUCCAUAUACCGAUGAGCCCGACAGGUAUCAGUGCGACAAUGAGGGAAUGGGCUCAAUGCUAGCUUCAUUACGUGUACCCAAUGCUUGGAAGGUCAAACUUUUCAAGGAUAUCACAACUAGCUUUGGUCGAGGACCAUUUAAUGUCCUAUUGUCAGUACUAGAGUUGGAUGUGUUGUGCGUCUCCGAACCACACAAUGAACCAAAACUCGAAUGGGCAGAACAGCUCUCAGUCGCGCCCUUCACUCCCCCGAUCAUCCGCUCGCUGAGGUACCUUAGGAUGGAAAGCGUACUACCCCCCGCCAUUCAAGCAGUGGAGGUCUUUCGAAAGCUAAAUACAGUUGAUUUGAGCAUCGCACUUUGCGGCCAAUCACCGUUUGACAUCGUAUCAGCCUCAGAAAAAUUUCUUGCAAACACCGCAGUGAACAACAUCAAGCGUCUGCGUCUUAACUUCGAAGUCAGAACAAUCGGAGUGUGGAGCAGUGCGAGGCGAACCUGUAUGUCGAAUGUGGUCAAAGGCUUCCAAAAUCUGGAGAGUCUCACAUACUAUGCCGAAUCGUCGGUAGCGAAGAAUCCCUAUCGUAGUCUUCGCAGUUUCCCCGCUUAUCAAGCCAACAUCCAAAUAUAUCCAGAGGUUUCACUGUCUCCUGAAUUGAUCGAAGACCAAACGAUAUACGAGGCACGCACAACUGUCACUGACUACCAAUGCCUUGUGGAUAACCUCGUGCACCUACGCCCGUCUCUGAAACACUUGCAACUUCCAGGCGGCUUUUGGACGCUACCUGGCGCGGCUCGCAAGCCGAUCCCGCGUUUCGAUCAGUUCACACAGCUUCGAAAGUUGAUUGUGCCUCAAGCAGCCCUCAUCUCCAUUAAGCUGGAUAACAUGCGGGUUGAUACCGUCUCCCAGGGCGACUUUGAACUUUUUGCUUCAGAGGUGCUACCAGUGUCACUACGGCAUCUCACGAUUUUCGAUCUCGAUGAGACAUUCUUGAGGUGCAAAUGGCUGCAGCGAUUGUUCAGUGAGCACAAGAGCCACGACCAAUGGCCGGAGUUCAGAACCUUGAAGCUAUUGAUGGGGCCGACGUUCUCCGACGAAAUGCUGGAAGCGCUUCUGGCAAGGCGAGUCAGUGCCGAGUUUUGGACGGUGGUCGAUGAAGCCGGGUUUGACGUCAUUGUUGGGAGGGACGACUUGGAUCCU